CUUCAGUCCUUUGACUCCUAGUCCAUCUCUGCUUUCACCACACUCCAAAUUAAGACUGGCAAGUACACUGGGUGAACCACCACAGAUUCCUCUGUAUCCUCUUCCAACUCAAAGUGGGAGCUUCAUCCCAGUAGGAAAUCCUUUUAGCCGAACUUCAUCAGCUGGACUAUGCAUGAAUGAAGAGUUUCCAACUGCAGCUUGUGUCAAAGGAGACAAUGGUUCCACUCCUGUCCAAGAAACAGUAGUGGCUCUUUACAACUACACAGCGCAUCGAUCAGAUGAACUAACCAUCCACUGUAGGGACAUUAUCCGAGUGUUAUACAAAGAUAAUGACAACUGGUGGUUUGGAAGCCUGGCAAAUGGUCAGCAAGGCUAUUUUCCUGCCAAUUAUGUGGUUGGCGAAACACAAUAUGAGGAACAACUUUCUCCAGGAUUAGCAGGAGAUUCAACUCCGCUUCUAUUUAGUGAAUUGGCAGAAGGCACAUCACCAGCCGUGCCUGAGAUGUCAGCAGUCAUCAGCCAGUCAGGAGACCAAAGAUUUAUUCCAGAGAAUGACACAGACUACUUGACCAGACAAGGUGCAAGGAGGAAAACAAAGAAGAAAGCUAUGCAUAUGGAGGAAAAAGAAUACAAGACUAAUGUAAUUAUGCAUGAUGACUUCUCAUCUAAUGCUGUUGAGAAUGAGUUUAAGAAAAAUCUGAUGAUGAAAAAAAAGAAGAGGUCUGCGAAAAACACAAAUGGAAGUGGAACAUCUAAUGAUGCCUUCCAGCUGGAUUCUCUCAACACGUAGUAUCCAUUUGGUUCUUUGGUGUUGUUUGCGAGGAUAAAAUGCUGUGUGGAAAAUAUGGUAUUAGUGUUUGUUGUGGGAUGAUUCUCUGACAUCACUGAGAACAUGAACUAUUGUUAUACACAUAAAUUUACCCACAAUUAUUAUCAAUUUAUCAUAGGAUUGCUGGCACAUAGAGCUAAAUAGAAGAAUGUGGACUGAAUUUUCCACAGAAACUCAAGAGACAUUAAUGCAUCCAUUAUAGCAUUGGCGUUUUCCCACAGUAUAAAGCAUGUUGAAAUAGCUUGCUAUGCAAACUAAUGAAACAGGUAACUAAUUUGUAUUAUGCCUGUUCGAGCCAGUGAAUCAAAAUGUUCUAGGAGUAGAUUGUUUUAAAGUUGAAGUAACAUUCACAAACAGAGAAAUUGGGUUUCUGAUGAAUAUAGGUGUCUUAAAAUUGAACAAAAACAAUUUAACUUAGAUAACUGAACAAUUUUAUAUUUUUUAUGAAGAAAAAAAACUAGGUAGGAGUUUGAGUAUUUUUAAAAAUAAGACCCUUUUCAUCUUCCUGCUGCAGAAAUAUUUAGGAUAUCGGUGUCUCAUUAUUUGAAUCUACAAAUGAGAAACCGCAAUAAUACAACUGAAUUUCUAUAUAAAUCAAUUCCAGGAAUCACAACUAAACAAUACAAUAUAAUACAAUAAUAGCUUUUGUGUCUUGUCUUUUUAAAAUGAAAGCUUUUAGUGUUAAUAUAUUUUAUUAAUACAGAUGUAUUGGAGCAUGCCUUUUGUAAUACAAAAAGGUUUUAUAGAGUUCUAUUUUUGCUGCUCUCAAAGCAGUUUUGAUGAAUUUCUUCCCCUUUAUUUUGAAGAACUGUUUGACAUUGGUAUGUGGGUGAGGUAUAUUUUUAUGUAGUAUGUUUUAUGUUUAUCCUCAGGUGUAAGUGUUUUUAAACUAUAAAGCAUUAAGUUAUGAAUGAUUGAUUAAUUAUUAUUUCCGGGAGUUUUAUUUAAGAUCCCCUUGUUUACAUAUGUUGACUGUGGGCGUCCAUGUUAUUUAUGCUAUCUUAGGAAAUUCUGCCCCCUUCCUUUCUAAAGCAAUAAAUAACAUAAAAUUAGAAACCUCUUUUUUUAGUAGUCAUGGCAUUUGAUUCCAUCUAAAAAAAAGAAGUGAGACUAACUACGUCGACCACUGAUCUGCAAAAUAACAUCCAGAUGCAAAGGAUUAUGUUUCGAAUAUUAUAAUUUCAUCCUCAUAACAUUUUCAUUAAAUGUAGAAAUACUUCUGUCUGUAUAAAACUCAAGAGUCUCAUUUCAAAAUCUUGUGCAAAUGAGAAAGCAUUGUACUAGCCACUCUGGAUGUAACACGUAAUUUAGUUUCAAGCUGUUUUUAAACUUCAGCAGCUACAAAACACAUGCCAGCAAAGUGUACUGCAGCACAAAUUAAGGCCUUUUAAAGCACACCAAGACCUAAAUCUAAACCAUACUGCACGUUGAAAUUGGCUCUGAAUAAUAUAAAUUGCAUUAUAGACAUCCACCUAUGCUGGAGAAUUUUGAAAAAUUUGGAAUGAGAGAGGGGUUGCUGAAAAACCCCAAGAGCAUAAUUGGGCAGCAGGGGGCAAACACAUCUUAAGGGACAUAAUGAAUUACCUCCAUUGCUAACUAUCACCUUCCCGUUUUUUAACCUCAUAUACCUCUGAAACAUAGGUGCACAUCUUGACCAUAAAUGGGGGAACACAUUCUCCGGCAGCCACCUUCCAUGAUCAGUGCAAUGACCUCUCUGGCCUCAAACCUGUUCCCAACAUGUUAUUCUAAUUAUCCACACAGCAAAACAGGUUUCCCGCAAACCAGUUCCAAACCCUUCGCCACAAUAUAAGCCAAAAAGCCACAUAUGGGACCUGUAGCCCAACAGUAGCUUCCUUCAGUCCCUACUGAUACUGAUCCCUUUUAAUCCCUACUGCUACCAAAGGUUAGUCCUUGUUCCAGAAUAAUCCACAGACUUCCACUUGCCCUGCCCAUCUCACAGUGAAAGCCAUCCAAGGCUGUUUCAUUCCCAAGACCAAGCUGGGACUUAGAAUGGAAUAGCUCACACCUUGGGUCCCCCAAUUUCUUGAAUCUUAGACUCCUUGGCCAUUGGUUUCUGGAACUUGAAGUCUGAUAACAUGAGUAUUCUCAGUUGGAUAACUCUCAUUUAGCGAAAUGCUGCUGUGCGUAUGAUAUGUAUUUUUCAGUACGACAGUUGAUUGUAAACAUUAAAUAUUUGUUCACUUAAAGUUUAAAGGACUAAAAUUCCAUUGUUAUACGAUAUGGAAAUAACAUUUCUAAUUAUUCUGCUUAAUAUUCUAGGAUUAUAACAUUCUCCUGCUGCUAUUUGCACUUCUUUUUCUUUUCUUUAAACACAGUCUCUGGUUUUGAAAGUCAGGGACUGAGCAUGACAUCACGCUACGUAUUGGGGAGAGUGGAGAAGUAGCCAAAGUCUUGCUGCUCGCUUGGAAGGCAUUGUUAACUAUUAAUUUGACAUUGUGGAGAGUGAAGAUAGAAAUAACACUUCACAUAAACACCAUAGAGAUGUGGUUGCUGUAAUCAAAGGCACAGCGCCUCCUUUUAUGCUUGCAAACUGGGGCUCCAAUUAUGUUCACUGCUCUGAAGCUGAAUAGAGCUGCUUUGCCACACUUUCCAAAUUGAGAGAGGAGAGGCAGCAGCAGUCUCUUCUAAGGCACUGUUCCAAAUAACAAUUAAGGGGAGAAAUCAGAUAAAAGACCAACGUGAAGAUUUGUGAAGCUGAAAACAUACUCUCCCAAAAUGGUGUUGUCGCUAUUGUCGUUAUGACAAAAGUGGGUUUUAUUUGCAUUCAUCUUUCCUUCCAAGUCAUAGGAGUUAGGUUUUUUUUACUGCUUUACAUUCUUUAGGUGCAAAAUUAAUAGCUACCUGACUUUCUUUGUUACGUCAAGUACACAGAUAUGUUUUGAACAAAACAGCAUGUAAAUUCAGUGCCAAAUGUAGACAGUAAUAUUGUCUUAAUAUGACUCUUUUCUCUAAAAACAAGAAAAUGUUAGUACACAUAACAAAAACUAGCUCAUAUCAUUGUUCCUGCCCUUUUCAGAUAUUAAGCUGACAAACUAAAAAAAACUUUUCAAAGAAAAAAAUGCAUUCCCAGAAACAACUACAGGUGGUGGUGGUAGUGUUGGUGGUGUUUAGAAUAUGAAGAGAUGCUAGUAACUUUCUCGGGUAUUUUAUUUUUCACUACUAAGGUAGACUUUCCAUCCAUCCUUCAAUGACGUCUGGUGUGUGUGAGUGUAUGUAAGAGAGAUGAGGAGAAUAAGUAGUUUAUUAUUUAAAUUUAUUCUUGACAGUUUUGCUUUGUUAGUGACUGUCUGUAUAUAGUCUUGAUAUGAUAUGUAAUUUGUAAGCUUGGUUCCUUAAUUUUUUAUCAGGUUUGUCAAUAUAAUUACAGUGCAUGAAUAGUAUCCCCUCUCACAUACGUGUGAUAUCCCAGUAAUAAUUACAUUUAUAGUCUAGAUUGCAUACUCCAUCUGAAAUAUCUAUAAAUUCAAGUAGCAUUAUUUUAUACGCAAACCUAAAUAAAUUUUAUUUUUUCUAAAA